GCCGCUGCUCCGUUCCGACCUAGCCAGCAGCCAGCGCCCACCCCCCCUUGUCGCUCUCACGCGCUUCGUGCUCGCCGCCUCCCACAGUUCCGCAUCGCGCCCCGCCCCCCAUGGCCACCAUCGCCGGAUCCGCCCUCUCCUUCGCCAGGCCCGUCAAGGCCGUCAACACUAGCUCACUCUCUUUCUCUGCUUCGAGGAAGGGCAAUGCAUUCCUCCGCCUGCAGCCAGUGCAGAAGAGAUUCGCUGUUUCCUAUGCUGCCAAAAAGGAUACAGUGGACAAGGUUUGUGAAAUUGUGAAGAAGCAGCUUGCUGUUCCAGAGGGCACUGAAGUUUGUGGUGCCUCUAAGUUCUCUGAUCUUGGCGCAGAUUCACUUGAUACGGUUGAGAUCGUGAUGGGCCUUGAGGAGGAGUUUGGGAUCAGCGUCGAGGAAUCAAGCGCUCAGUCAAUUGCGACAGUUGAGGAUGCUGCCGAGCUCAUCGACAAGCUUGUCUCUGCGAAAUCGCCCUAAAGUCACAAGGCGUGAUGUUGAGAACUCGUAAACUAGUUCUACCUUGUUCCUGCCCUGCCCACUCUCCCCUUAUCUAGGUUUCUGUGCUCUGAAGGCUUGGCGAUUUUCUCAGCAUUGUUGUCCACUGUGUCUGUAAUAAUACCGAGAUGAUUUUAAGCUGUUGAACCUUAUGGUGGUGCGUAUUCUGUCAGUUCAUUGUUGUAUGAAUGGUUCUUCCUGGAAGAAAAUGGAAUCCUGGGAGCAUGUAGCAAAGAUUGCCAAAUUGGUCGUGUUCGCGUUG